AUGACGACAACACGAUCAAUUGAUUCUUUCAAGGCUCUCACUUUCGAUUGCUACGGCACCCUUGUGGACUGGGAGUCGGGCAUUUACAACCACCUCCAGCCCUUGAAUCAGCAGCUUGACGACUCGCACCCUCUUAAGAAUGACCGUCUCGGAUUGCUUCGUGCCAUAGUCCGGCACGAGGGCCUCGUUCAGACUGCCAACCCGGCCUACCUCUACCAUAAAGUACUGGCUGAAGCUUAUGGCAAUCUUGCCGCUGAGCUAGGCGUCAAAGCCGACGAAGAGGCCAAAGCCGAAUUUGGAUACAGCGUUGGCCGCUGGCCCAUCUAUCCAGACACGCUCGAUGCCUUGAAGCGGCUGCACAAGCACUUCAAGCUGGUCAUCAUCUCCAACGUAGAUCCCGAUUCGUUCAAGCGCACACUUGAGAAGCAGUUUCUGGGCUUUCCCUUUGACGCUGUGUACACGGCGCAGGAAAUUGGCUCGUAUAAACCCGACUUGAGAAACUUCCAGUAUCUCAUUGAGCACUGCGACAAGGAUCUGGGGGUGAAGAAGGAAGAUAUAUUGCAUACAGCACAAAGCUUGCACCACGAUCAUGUACCGGCGAAGCUGGUUGGACUGGUGAGCGCCUGGAUCGAACGAGGAGAAGAAGUUGAGAGCGUCAUGGGUGGGGAUCCGAAAGAGUAUGAAGAGAGAGUGGCAUAUUCGUGGAAGUUCAAAAACAUGAAGGAGAUGGCGGAUGCAGUUGAUGCUGCAGCUGCGAAGAGCGCCUAG